UCCUCGAGUAAAAACUUCAUUUGUACUUACUGUUUUCAACUAAAGUGUAAAAAUAUACCUAGUGAUUUUAAAGCAAUGUAACUAAAUACAAAAGAAAAAAAUUAAGCGGAAUAGCAAAAAAAUAAGCCUAGAUCGUCCGUAUCAGUGAUAUUUUCCUACUUGUUUGCGGGAAAUCCUUUUUGUUCCACAACUUCAAUUGCGAAAGACAUUUUUUUAUCGUGAACGACAAUGUCAAGUGAUGAUGAAGACGGUCAAUUGCUCGAAGAGCUUCAAGCCUUGAAGCAAGCAAUAGAACACAAAAGAAAUCUAAGCAAAACUCAAUCUGAUGCAAGUAAUGUGGUUUCAGAUGAAAAUCUAUCAUUCAAAACUGAGACUAAUUUUACCAAGAAUCAAGAACAAAGUAACUUUGACGACAUUGAACAUAUACCAGAAAAAACGGAUGACAAUUUGAGUGGAAAAAAUUACAAUGAUUACAGUUGCGAAAAUUUACAAGAUUUAUUGGAACUCAAUAAAAAAUUGUUGGAUGCCGUGUUAAAUGCUCGUGAAGAAAUGCAGGCAGUGCUCGAUGAGUGCAUUAGAAAAAAACAGGCGCUUGCUGAUGAAAUUGCUAAAUUGUCAUCCUCCAAGAGGACCAAAAUUAUUAGCUUCAAUGCUGGUAUGCCCUAUUUCAAAGAUAAAAAUCAUUACACAGCCAAAAUGAACGAAGACACUGCAACUAAAAUAAAAAAUGGUGAGCUGCGUUUGGCUCAGCUACAAAGAAUCCAACGGUGGAAUCAGGAUGACAAGAGUAGUUUGUUGAAAGCCAUAAGGCACGAGGUUUUAUUGACUCUAUCGAAAAAAAAUGAUUCGGAUGAGAGUUACAUUGAUAACGCAAUAAAAAAGUCAAGUCAACUACCGCAAGAUGUCAAAAAGGCUAUUGGACCCCUGGGUGCAAUGAAAUUCGACUGGCUAAAAAUAGCCAACAGCAUGCCGGAAAAUAAGCACAGCGCAGAGGAGUGCGAAGUCAUGUGGAAUGUUUUUCUACACCCUGAUAUCAACAAACAAAAGUGGACCUCUCAGGAGGACAAAAAAUUGAAUCAAAUAGUAGCAAAAUUUAAUUUUGAAAAUUGGAAUGCCAUUGCCAAAUCUUUGAAAACCAAACGUAGUGGUUACCAAUGUUUUAUUAGGUUUAACACAAACAAUUGGAAAAACCUAAUGAAGGGUCAGUCGUGGACGCCGUUUGAUGAUAGAACACUUUGCCACUUAGUAUCAAAGUUGAGGGUUGGCGAUUACAUUCCAUGGGGAUACAUUGCCAGCUGUAUGAACAGUUGGACAAAGCAACAGGUCUACUUUCGUUGGACGUACAGCCUAGCGCCGCAUCUAAAGAAAGGCAGGUUCUCACCCGCUGAGGACGAAAAACUGCUGGAGGCAGUGGAAAAGUAUGGUUUCAACUUCAGUAAAAUAUCCGGUCUUGUGCUGACCAACAGAACGCAUGUCCAGCUGAAGGAGCACUAUCAAACGCUGUGCGCAAAAUCCAAAACUGACCACGUCAGAAAAGUUUGGACGUACGAUGACGACACACAGCUGCUCGAUCUUUACGAGAAGCACGGCGCCAAAUGGGCAAAGAUCGUAGAAGACAUUCCAGGCGUCUCUAGAGUCCAGGCAAGACAACGUUACAAUUGUCUCAUGCGUUACAUCAAGAAGGGCAUUACUCUGAAUAACAUCGACAGAGGAGCUGUCGCUACCCAGCCGGCCCACACGACCGUCACCUACACUACCAACACACCCUGGUCAAGGGAGAACAAGGAAAUCCACGUCAACCACUUGAAAAACGACGAUCAGCUAGUCAGAUACUUCAAAAGGGAAGCGGCUAACCAGGAGAAGAAGUCAAAAACGUACUUGCCCGAAAAAUUGGCGAUAGACACCCAUAAAUUGUACCGCACUCUCGUCAAGUUGAACGUGGACACCAAUCUACCCGAAUACAUCGAAGACAGCAACGAGCUCACUGAGAAGUACUUCGAGUUGCUGACAUCGCUACAAGAUUACACGGAUAGUCGACAAAGGAAUCUCGGCGCUGAGAUCGAGAGGGUCAGACUGAGGAUGUUUGGACCCCAAAAACCACUUAGCGAAAAUGAGCGAUUCAUACCCCCUUUGCCGUUUAACUUUUGCCUCCCCAGGAAGUUUGUUUGGAAAAAAAAUGCCAAAGAUAACGAUCUAACGAUCAACAAUCAAACCCAUCAAAUCGAAGUUACCAUGGAGUUACAUCCAAGUAAAGAUGUGUGGGACUAUUUGGGAGAAGAUCUGGAGAUGCAGUUCGAAAAAGUCAAGAAGAUGAUGGUUGCGCCAAUCAAGUCCUCGCCAAAGGUUUAUUUGCUGAAGUGCAAGCCCUUUGCGUCAUCCCACACUUUCCGUGAUAGCUUCCAAAUGAAGUACGAUUGGAAGCAAAAUAAACUAGUCCCAACUCAGUGGAGUGAUUUGAUGCCAGACAAAAUUCCAGAGCCAGAAAUCGUUCCUGAAGACUGUGUUCCUCUGGCGUUUUUAGAACCCAGCCGUCAAACGUUGGAGACAUACCAGGAAGUUAUAUUCGCCUCUUCGCGAUUUUCCGCGGUAUCAGAGAGCACCAGCGAUCCGAGAGUUAGUCUGUCGUCGCGAGGUCAACACGCUCUGAUUGUCUUUAAAAGACGUUUUCAGCAGCUGUUUCGUAUGCCCAUUGGUCUAUCGAGAAUCAUACCACCGGACAUCGUGGAUGAGAGUUCAUUUUUGCCAGCGAUAGAGAAACUUAAGAAAAAAAAUUUUAAGAAAACAAGAGUUUCAAAGAAAAGAUUAAAGGGUCUUGUGCGGCAGUGUCCGAAUGAUGAAUAACGACCCUACUAGACUGCUGUCAACUUGACAACUUUCUGUCAAAGUAGAUAUG